GACUAGAAAACAUUGAGGGCCGUUCAUACUAUGUCGUCCAAAGGGGUGACUCGCUAUCCGCUAUUUCUCGCUCCUUCGGGUCUUCAGUGGAUGUGAUUGCACAGGCUAACAACCUGCGGUCUGAUACUAUCCAUCAAGGACAGACACUGUGGAUUCCUCGCAUGUACACUAUUCAGCAGGGUGACACUCUUUAUGGCAUUGCAAGAAGGUACUAUACUACAGUGGCAGCGAUAUUGGAAAUCAACAACAUUGAAGACCCAAACGUGAUAAAGGCUG